AUGUCUAUUCCUAGUAUCUACUUCUUCGCCUUCUUCUUGCUUCGACUUCAUUUGGCUUUUGGAAUCGUUGAUGUGAACACCACUCUCUCCGCCAACGAUCAAAAUGAUCGAUGGCUCUCCUCUUCUCAGGAAUUCGCUUUCGGAUUUCGCCGAAUCAACAACACAAAUCUCUUUUUACUUGCCAUCUGGUACGACAAAAUACCUGACAAAACCGUUGUCUGGAAUGCAAACAUGUCCAAUCCAGCAGUACCAUCAGGAUCGCGAGUUCAGCUCACACGAACUGGUCUUAGUCUCACUAACCCCCAAGGUCAAGCUAUAUGGAAUUCUACACCACAAGAAGAUGUGUCCCAUGCAGAAAUGCGUGAUGAUGGAAAUUUUGUUCUGGUGGCAUCCUCCAAUUCUUCUCAUUUGUGGGAAAGUUUCAAAAAUCCCACCGAUACACUGUUGCCAAACCAAACUCUCGGUCUUGAUGGCAAGUUGUCUUCUCGCUUGGCACAAUCAAAUUAUACAAAGGGAAGGUUUGAGCUUUAUUUCGAAGGUGUCAAUCUCGCGUUAAGUCAGAUUGGAUGGCCAACUGAAUUUCGUUACAAAAAAUAUUACGAAUUUGAUGCAAAUUUAAAUGACUCUGUGUCAGGACUAGUCUUUAAUUCUGCUGGAAAUGUCUCUGUAGGUCAAAGACCUCUAUGGGACGGCUUAGAUAAUGAUGUAAAUAGAUAUUAUUACAGGGCUACACUUGAUUAUUAUGGAGUCUUCACGUUGUAUUCCUAUCCAAGGAAUCCCAGCUAUGAGAACCAAGUUUGGUCAUUCGUGAAGUAUGUUCCUGAUGAUGGGAACGUUUGCACUGUACUCUUUGGUGAUCUGGGUAGUGGUUGUUGUGGCUACAAUAGCUACUGUGUUUGGAAUUCGAAUGACGGUAGGCCAACUUGUGAGUGCCCUGAUUGGUAUUCCCUAGUGGAUCCGAACGAUGAAUUUGGAGGAUGCGAACCUAAUCUCCCCUUUGGUUGUGCCGCUGAUGAUGAAGAAUCAAAAGCCAAUCCGGAAAAGGUGUAUGAGAUGAAGAUCUUGCAAAAAAAUGUGAAUUGGCCUCUCGGAGAUUAUGAAAGGCUGCUCAAUUACACAGAGGACGAAUGUAGCAGAUCUUGCUUGUAUGAUUGUAACUGUGCAGUUGCUAUUUUUAACAAUCAUGGUGAUUGUUGGAAGAAAAGACUACCACUUUCUAACGGAAGAUAUCUUACUAGUGCUGAUGGAACUACAGUCUUGAUGAAAAUAAGAAUUCGACCAUUGGGUAUGAAAAAGGAAGAUCGGGUCUAUCACGCUCUUUUAGGAUUGUUUAUUGGCUUCCUUGUCAUAAAUACUUUCUUUGUAGCCAAAAUGGUUUCGAUUGUUCUCUUAAAGUCAAAAAAGGAUAAUGCUCAGGUUUCAAGUCCUGUAGAAACAAACAUGCACUCUUUCACAUUUGAAGCACUGAAGGAGGCAACGAGUGGGUUUAAUGAAGAAGUAGGAAGGGGUUCAUUUGGCACUGUGUACAAAGGCACCCUCAACUCAAGAACUAAUGCUGCUGUUGCGGUGAAGAGAUUGGAUAGAAUAGCUCAAGAACGUGAGAAGGAAUUUAGGACUGAGUUGAGUGCUAUUGGAAAAACAUGCCACAGAAAUUUGGUUAGGCUGAUUGGGUUCUGUGAUGAGGGAGUUCAUAGACUUCUGGUAUACGAGUUCAUGAGCAAUGGUACACUUGCAGACAUCCUUUUCAGGCAGCCCAAACCUAAAUGGAAUUUAAGGGUUAGCCUUGCUUUGGGAAUUGCAAGAGGGCUACUUUACUUACACGAAGAGUGCGAGACUCCCAUCAUUCACUGUGAUAUAAAACCCCAAAAUAUUCUCAUAGAUGAGAAUUUCAUGCCAAAAAUCUCAGAUUUUGGGUUGGCCAAGUUGUUGUACUCUAAUAAGAGCAGAACCCACACAAUGAUAAGAGGAACCAGAGGAUAUGUAGCACCGGAAUGGUUCAAGAGUAUUCCGGUGACGGCUAAGGUGGAUGUUUAUAGCUAUGGCGUGAUGCUGCUAGAGAUAAUUUGUUGCAGAAGAAGCUUGGAGAUGGAUCUGGAUAAAGUGGGGGAAGACAAGGCGAUACUGACAGAUUGGGCUUAUGAUUGCUAUAUGGAGGGAAGAAUUGACAUUCUGGUACAGAGUGACGAGGAGGCCAUUGCUGAUAUAGGGAGGUUGAAGAAAUGGGUGAUGAUAGCAAUAUGGUGCAUUCAAGAGAAUCCAGAAAUAAGGCCUACCAUGAAGACUGUGAUGCAAAUGUUGGAAGGCCUCAUUCAAGUUCCAAGUCCUCCAUUACCUUCGUCCUUUUACUCGACAGUUCGCGGGUCGCAGCCAUGGAAAUAG